AUGGGUAAUAAAAUUGGGAGGUUCAAACUAUGCUUUUCUUGCGACGCCGCCGGCAAUAUCUCUCUCCGGCGACAUGACAAUAUGGUAAUCGACGCCGGCGGCGGGUUUGGUCACUCGUUUUGCUAUUUCCCACAUGAAUUAACCGACGAGAUCUCUUCUUCUUCUACGUUUAAAUCUAUCUCCGGCGCUUCCAUAAGUGCUAAUGUUUCUACUGAUCCUCUUUCCACGGCGCCGUUGAAUCAUAGCUCCGGCAGCUCAUGUUCUUCCUCCGACAAGACUUCUUCUUCUUCUUCUUCUUUUGAAAGCUCUGAUUCGUUUGCUUCGAUUCCUUUACAGCCGAUACCAAGAACCUCUGUUUCAUCUUUCUACUCCGGCCCGAUUUCCGGCGAGUCUGGCGGGACUGUUUCGGUUAUGGGUUUGGUCGAAAGGGGGUUCCUUUCUGGUCCUAUUGAGAGAAGUUUUUUAAUGGAUCCUUUUGAUGAUCAGUUUCAUGGAUUCAAACCCAAAUCAAAGAAAGGAACUUUUGUUCGUAGUUUGAAGAAAGCAAUAACAAAAUCAAUCAUCGUUCCUAUUCGUGCUGUGAAAGAAUCCGAUUGGAAUAAACCCAACAAAAUUGUGAAUUUGAAGUUGAACGUUAGCAGACAUGGGAAUUUGGUUGAAGAAAUUGAUGAAUCUUUUUUGAAUCAGAAAGUUCAAUGGGCGCAGGGGAAAGCCGGGGAGGAUCGUGUUCACGUUGUGGUUUCCGAUGAACAUGAAUGGGUUUUCGUCGGAAUCUACGAUGGAUUUAAUGGUCCUGAUGCAACUGAUUUCCUUCUGGCUAAUCUAUACACAAACAUCCAUGAAGAACUCAAGGGAGUUCUUUGGAAUGAAAAUUUAAGAUCGGAGCUUGAUCAGAAUCAGGAGGAAACGAUCAAUCGUCAUGGAAAGAUCUUGGGUUCGCUUUCAAACGCAUUAAGGAAAACAGAGGAAUCGUAUUUAAAGAUUUCUGACAUGAUGUUGGUUGAAAAUCCAGAACUUUCUUUAAUGGGUUCUUGUAUUGUUGCAAUGUUAAUGAAAGGGGAAGAUGUUUAUUUGAUGAAUGUUGGUGAUAGUCGGGCUGUUCUAGCUAGAAGAUCGGAACCGGCGCCGGCGCCGGGAAAGGAAUUGUACGGCCGUGAAGAAAUGGUCGGAUUUCCGAACUUGUCUGCUGUUCAGCUGACUGUUGAUCAUAGUACAUCAAUGGAAGAUGAAGUGAAGAGAAUCAAGAAAGAGCAUCAAGAUGAUCCAUUUGCUAUAUCUAAUGGAAGGGUAAAAGGGUCAUUAAAAGUUACCAGAGCUUUUGGAGCUGGAUUUCUUAAGCAGCCAAGAUGGAACAAUGCAAUACUAAAGAUGUUUAGAGUAGAUUACAUUGGCAACUUCCCUUACAUCAAUUGUUCGCCUUCCAUUCGCCAUCAUAAACUCGGGUCGAGAGACAAAUUUCUCAUAUUAUCUUCCGAUGGCCUUUACCAAUACUUCACAAACGAGGAGGCAGUUUCUGAGGUCGAGAGAUUCCUUAUGUCCUUCCCCGAAGGAGAUCCCGCCCAACAUCUCGUCGAAGAAAUCUUGUUUAGGGCUGCGAAAAAAGCUGGCAUGGAUUUUCAUGAACUACUCGAUAUUCCGCAAGGGGACAGGCGUCGAUACCAUGAUGACGUGUCGGUUAUAAUUAUUUCAUUCGAGGGGCAGAUUUGGCGUUCGAUGAUUUAAAAAUGUGAAUAGUUUAUUAUAAGUAUUA